AUGAGAAUAACCUUGAUAGAGAAUUUAACAUUAAUUGCUCAUUCUUAACAUUAGAAUUAAGCUGGAAAUACAUUGAUAAGUGUUAUUCUUAUAAUUCCAUAUAUUUAAUAUUUAUCCCUUUUACUUCCAUCUCAUGGAUGGUCUUAUUGGAAUUAUAAAGAUGGUUAUUUAUAAUUUAUUUAAAAGGCAUGCUCAUAUUUUACAAUAACUCCUUUUUUUGAAUUUGAGAACAACUUCAUAUAUUAUCCAUUUACAAUAUUUAGUCUAAUAAUAAUGGUAGGACUUAUUUUAUAUUUGAGUAUUUUUACAUUAGAAAUAGAAUCUAAAGAUAAGAAAAUAAAAUAUAAAGAAGGUAGAACUAGUACUUUAUGCACAAUAAUUCUAUUUACAAUACAAACUCUUUAAAUUCCAUGCUAUAAGUUCUAUAUUUAAUAAAUAAUCGAGGCAUAAUAAAAAAACCUUUAGAAUUAAUUAAUUCUUAACAUUAUCUCAAUUAUAUUAUACUGUCUCUACAUCUUUAUGAGUGAGUACUUUUUGAGAUAGUAUUCAUUUACACCUUAUCAUCCAAUGUAAUAAAAAUUUACACGUUUAAACGCUUAUUAGAUUCUUCUCAAUUUAGCAGCUAUAAUUUUAACUUUGGAAUAGGAAUCUGAAUUAUAAAAUUUGAUUGGACUAUUAGUUCUACAUUCAAUAUUUAUUUUGAAAAUGCUUAAUUAUUUAUAUUAUAAACCAGAAGCACCUCAUAAAAAUAUGAUUCAUUUCGAAAUUUCAUUUACAUUAGAAUCAAUUGCUAUAUUAAUAACAGUAAAUGUAUUUUCAGAAAAUUAAAUAUUUCCAGAAAGAUAGAUUGGAAUUUAUAUUAUGUUUAUUUUUAGUUUAGGAAUGAUUCUAGGAAAUCUAAUCUUUACUUUCUUACUAUAAUUUAUUUUUGAUUAGAGAACUAGAUAUCUUUAUUAGAUUUAUCAAUUAUAUUCCUAUAUUGGUAAUAUCACUUCAAACUCUAUAACAACUUAUAAUCUCAUUAUUUAUUAAUUAAUAAACGAUAAGAAUUUUUCACAAUUUUAAAGAAAAGUAAUACUUAAUAAAAAGAGUACUUAAAUGUAAGACUAUUUUAAAUUAGGAUUAUAUAUAGUAACUGAAAUAUUUAUCAAUUUGAAAGAAUAAUAGAAAACUGACCUUGAAGAACUUUAAUUAUUGUUUGUUUCUUUUUUAGCAUUAAUUAGAAAUAAACCAUUAAUAGCUUAUGUAGAAUUUAAAAAAUUUGAAUAAAAUGUCAAUAUAAAGAAGUCUUAAUAUUUUUAAUUGAUGAAAGGUAGAAUAGAUAGACAUUUAUAAAAUAAAAUUACAGCAAUUUAAUUAAUCUAUGAAAAAGAGCAAUCAUAUUUAAAAAAUCCAACAUUACUUAAAAGUGUAAGUCCUACAGAAUUGUAUGAAUAUUGUUUAAUAGAAUAGAAGUUUUAAGAAAAAGUUUAUGAUUUAAUUUAACUUAAAAUUUCUAUUUGGGAAUUUUAAAUAACUGGUUGUAAAACUUUAUAUAAUUUUGAAGAUUUUGCUAUUAAUUUAAGUAAAUAAAUAAUAGAAUGUAUUUUUUAUUUAAGAAGUUAAAGUAUAUAUGUAAUAUAAGAAGAGUAUAUAAAAAACUGUGAUGAUAUUUUAAGAUUGAAAAUAUGUUCAAUGUUUCAUAGUUUUGUAUUGAAUGAUUAUUAUAGUGCACAUAUAUGUGAAUAAAAAAUAUAAGAUAUUAUGAAAGUUGAAACAACAUAUGAAUAAAAUGUAAUAACACGUUCAAAUAUUUUAAAAGAUGAAACAAUAUUAAUAAUAAUUAGUAUAGUUAAAUAAUUAGGAUUGAUAUUAAAUUAGAGUAAGAGUUAAUUAGCAAAUUAUUUUGGAUAUACAAAUACAGAAUUUUAAUAAAUAGUAGAUCUUAAAGAAUUAAUGCCUUAAUAUUUUGGUAGUAAACAUGAUUAAUUUUUAUAAGCCUACAUAAAAGAUCCAAGAUCAGAUUUAGCAUACAAAGAGACAUUAACUUUUGCUUAAGGAAAGAAUGGAUUCUUAAUACCAUAAUAUCUAAAUAUUUAUAAUAAUUUUGUUAUAAAUGAUGAUUUUACUAUAAUAGGUAGUUUGACAAAAGAAAGAGAAAUUCAUAAUUAUUUGAUUUUUGAUGAAUAUGGUAAGUGUAUAGGAAUUACUUAAUAAUUAAGUAAAUUACUUGUACCAUAAAAUCACUUAGAGUAUUUUUUGGCAAACAUUAAUUCAUUUUUUGUUUAUAUGUUUUUACCUCAUAUUCAUAUAUAUAUGAAUGAUGUAUUAAAUAAUUCUAUAAAUAAUAAUGAAGGAGUUAUUCAAUAAAAAUCUGUAUUAUUGUAUGUAUUUUCAGAUUUUAUUGAUUUAUAAAAGAUGCAUCAUACAAUAUUAAGUUCAUAUUAAUAGCCUUCAUAAAAAUUUGUAUAAUAGACAGGAGUUUUUCAAUAAUAAUUUGAAUAGAUGAAUUCAUUAAUUACUAGUCCUAGAAAUGGCAAUACAAAGAGACUUAUUUCAGAAACUAAACCAUCUAAUCUGAUGGAAGAUUUUAAGAAUCUAGAAUAAAGUAGUUUAGAUUUUUUUAAAAUUGGUUAAAAAUAAUAAUAUUAAAAAUAAAAUAUUAUUACUACAUAAUAAAAUUAAACUUCAAUAAAAGAAAAUGAAAUAAUAGACUUUUUAAAUGCAAUUGAAGUAAUUAUUAAUAAAAAUUGAUAGGUUUUGUAAAAAACAAUAUAUUUUUGUACAGCUAAAAUACAAUUAUCUACUUUAGGGAAAAAAGAAAAUAAAUAACAUUAUUUUAUUUUAGAGUUAUCAGAAUUUAUAGAUAAAUCUAAUUAAUAAGAUGAUGAAAGAAAAUAAAUUAGAAGAUAAAAUCUACCUAUUCGUAAAGUAACUUAAAGAAAAUCAAGUCAUAAACAUAGUUUUGUUUAAUAAUUUUAAACUAUUCCAAAGAGUCCAGAUUAUUAAAUGGAUUCAUCCUUAAUGAGUCCUAAUGGUUCUGUUUUAUAAAAGAAAAGCUUUCUUGAUAAAUCUCCUGUAAAUAGUUAAAUUUUAAAUUAUGUAAGUGAAAAAAGAUUAAAUUUGAUGGGUUCAUUAGGAUAAGCCCAUUCUGAAAGUUUUAGUGAAGAAUUAUUUAGUAAUGAGAUAUAAUAAGUUUUUUAACAUUAAAAAGAAUACAAAUCAAAUCAUUAAGUAGGAAUACUUAAAUCUUAAUCAAGUACUAAAUCUGGUACUACUAGAUAGACUGCAAUAGAAAUUGUAAAUAAAUUUAAAACAAAAACUUCAUUAAUAUCUAGUCUUGCUAUUAUUUCAUUAAUAAAAUUUAUUGUUCUUAUUUUAUUUAUCAUUUUUCUAUGUAUAAACUUGACAUAAAUUAACAUUUUUAAUAAUUAAGUAACUAAAUUUAUUACAGAUAUUAAUUUACCUAUAAAUUUAAACAAAUACUUUUUAAACCUGUUUACUUAUUCAUGGAUUACAUCUUUAUAAAUUAAUAAUAUAUUAAAUACAAGUUAAUUUAUCAAUAAUUAAAUGAAAAUAUAAAAUUAAAGAAUGGAAACAACUUUUAUCAAUUUGACAACUAUGUAUUCUAAUUUUAUUUCAUUAGAAGAUAAUGGAUACUUAGAAAAUUUGAAUAUCACUCAUGUAGAUAAUACAAUUUAUGUCUAAAAUGUUGAUUUUACUGAUUAUAUAUAUCAUCUUUAAUAAAUUGGAUAUAGACUCUUACAUUUUGAAUCAAAUUAAAUUUAUUUGUCUAAUCUUUUAAAAUACAGACUCAAUUUUGCUAAUAUUAUUAGAAAUAAUUUUAAAAUAAUAUAAUCUUUGGGAUUAUAUUACACUGAUCAAUAAGAUGGAAAAAUAGCAGUUUUAUUUAAUUAGAUUUUGAUUGAAAUAAUUUUAAUUGGAAUAUUUAUAUUAAGUUAAUUAUUUUUUUGGAGAAAGAUUGAAUAAUAUUGUUAAAAGAUACUAUUAUUAAUUAAUAGAUUGACUGAAAAAGGAGCAGAAAAUUAAAUAAUCAAAUUCAGAUUAAUAGGCUAAAUAAUAAAACAAACAUUUGGAGAAUUAGGAUUUAAAUAAUAAAAUUGUUAUAAAUUAUGUUAUACUGAUAUGUUGUCAGGCAAAAAAGGAUUAAAAUAAUAUAAAUCUAAGGUUUAAUCAAUUUUAAUAAAAUCAAAUGGAGCAAAAUAAUAGGAAAUUUUGGCAAAGAAAUCUAAUUCAUCAACAAUUCCAUUAAAUUCUAGAAUAACAAACGUAUAAGUUAAUAUAAUAAUGAAAUUAAUUUAUAUAGUGAUUAAUUUAUCGUUAUUAAGUUUCUUUUUUUUAGGAGAUUACUUAUUAUAUAAAGAUUAAUCAUAGCAAUUAAAUCCUGCAUAUGAAUUAGCUAUGGAUUAUAUUUAAUUUUACUUAAAAUUUGAGAAUACAGUUUCUAUUGCCCUUAUGAUUAAAUCAUAAUAAUAAAUAUAUUAUGUAAUGGAAGAAGUAAUAAAGGAAGAGAAACUAAUUCUUAAUUAGUAUGAUUAAGAGGUAAAUGUCACUAAAUUUUUAUAAGAAGCAUAUAGUUUUAAUCAUAGUGAUUUAAGUUCAAUUUAUUAGAAAAUAAUAGAUUCUGAUAUAAUAAAUGAUGAAGAUGAAACUUCAAUAUUAACUUUAUAUAACAAUGAUUUUUGUUUAUUCUUUAAUAGUAAUGAUAUUCCAUUUUGUGAUAAAAAUUUAACAUAAUAAGAAUUUAAAACACAAUUUGGUGCUUAUGAAAGCAAGGACAAUAAUUCUUAACUUUUAAAAUCUGGAAUUGUAGGAAUAGUUAGUAAGAUGGAUGUAUUUUUAUUACAAUAAUAUGAAUAUGAGUAUCAGACAGGAAAACUAGAUGAUGAUUUGAUCAAAUUAAAUUAACAAUUAAAUAGUUAAGAUUUUAAUAAUAUUGUAGUACAACAUUAUUUAGAUACAUACUAAGGUUUUGAAGAGUUUUUUAAUUUGAUUCAAGUAUCUACAAUUAAUCUAAUAACAAAAUAAUAAAAUACAUAAGAUUUAUAUUAGUAUAUGAUUGGGAUAUUUUUGGUAGUUUUUUUGAUAGUUUCUUCUAUAUUUAUGAUAAUUAGAAUGAAUUUACGAUUGAUACAGUUAAGAUUAUUGAUAACUUUAUUACCUGUUGAAAUAAUGUUAGAUAUUUACACAAUUUCCUUGCUUAAAAUCUUAUAAUGA